AAAAAAAAUUCAAACUAUUUUCCAGUUACAAUUUGGCGGGAACAGAAAGUUCGAAAAUUCAAGCGCCGGAGACUUCAAAUAACCCACAAUGACAUACAUACAAUAAGUAUUCCACUUUUAAUAUAUCCAUACCCCACUACUCAACACAUGGAAAUGCUGCAAAUUUUGCACCCCCCGAAAAAAAGGGGAAAAUCCAAGAGCCCUAUUGCAGUUCCGGGGACACUCAGUGAACUGUUUUGUUACAAGUGUAUCCAAUAUCCCCAGCACCAGGGACUUGUGGGGCACCGCUCGUUCCUGCUUCACUUGCUCUGCAGCUUCUGGAGGUGGUGGCUGUGUUUGGAAGCAGAGCUUGCCAAGCUGGACGACAAGAUGCUUCGCACCCCCAAGUGCUCAAGGUGCCGGAACCACGGCUAUCUGGUGCCAGUCAAGGGCCAUGCGGGCAAGUGCCGCUGGAAGCAGUGCAUCUGCGAUAAGUGCUACCUGAUCACCGAGCGCCAGAAGAUCAUGGCUGCCCAGAAGGUGCUCAAGACGCAAGCUGCCGAGGAGCAGGGCUCCCAGCUGCCUCCUGGGGCUCCUGUGGCGGCCGCCACCUCCUCGAGCUCCAGCAUUUGCCCACUGCCCAGGGUGGCUCCGGGAGGCGCCGGACGAGGCGCUGGGCCAGGCCCCGUGGCCGCCUGCUUCCUCGAGAGGCCCCCGCAGGCCCGGAGCCCAGGCCCCAAUGCCUUCCAGCUGGUCCCAGGCGGCCGCCCGGGCCCCAGCACCUUCCAGCCUGGCCUGGGGGGCCCCGGGGGACCGCCCGAGCGUCCCUCCGCGUGGCUGCCCCAGCUCAGCCCGCAGGUGCCCAGGCCCGAGUCCUGCGGCCCCGAGCAGCGCCUGCCAGUGCGACCCGUGCCCCGACUGCCGUUCUCCGACUACGGGCAUCCUCUGAGAUUCAGCUCUGAUCAUGUGGGGGGAGCUGGGUACCCUGAGAGAGAGCCUUUCAAGCAGUGCCCUGCCUGUGUCCCCAUGCCAUCCUACCAGCCCUUCCCACUGGAUGGCCAGGAUGCAUCCUCAGCUGUGGGGAUCCCUCAACAAAGAAGCUUCCGUCAUGUCUCCUGCAGCCCCUAUCAUGGAGGCAGCCUGGUGUCAGAACCAGCCCGAGACCUCCAGCCCACCUACUGCUCACCACCGCCACCACCACCGCCACUACCUCCUCCACCGUCCCAGCCACAGCAGUCCCAGUUCCUUCCUCCAGGCUACCUCUCUGCUCUGCACUACCUGCCGCCGCCCCCGCCGCCGCCAUCUCCACCGUCCUUCUCACUGACCAUCCUGUACGAUACAGACAAGGAGAACACCAUCGUCUUGUUACAGAAGGGCAAGUGGAAGCUCCUAGCUGGGAGAAACAGCAGUGAAGAGCAGAGCUGGACGGGGGACUCAAGGCUCCCUGUGGCCAGGGUGAAGGACAGCAGAGUCACUCUCCACGGGGCCCGGGAACAAGAGCAGGCCUUGCAGGAAAUCUGCCUCUGA